ACGUUCAGAUUGUAGAUACCCGGCGCCUUCCUCUUCCCAUCCCGGCGGCUGCUGCUGGCCCGUCACUCCCUCCCGCCUCUUCCUGGCUCGGCUGGCCCCGGGCGCUGCCGUCGCCGCCGCCUCGCCGCUUCUCGGAGCCGCAGCCACCCUCGGCCUAAGGGGCGCGGUAGGUUUGGAAGAGGCUCAGCGACCCAGAGGAAGGUGGCUGCGAGUGCAGAGUGAGGUUCAGAACUUCUCAUCAGCUGAUUCACCUGGUUGCCCUCCAAACCUGUCUCCUGUUGGCCAGCAUGGCCAGGAGCACCGCCAUCACCUGUUUGCCCAGGCCGGCAGACUGGCGGCACUGCCUGGGUCCUUCUCCUGUCAGCUGCGUCCUUCCCCCGCUCCCUCCAGCCGUCAGUCACCAGGGCCAUCCUUGAUCCAGCGUCGUGUCCUGCCUGUGCUUUUCACUCUGCACACACCACAGACUCACAUCUCCCCAGAUGGGCCUUGUAGGCUGUACUUGGAUGCUUCCUCAAUUGCUCCCCACCGACGGAAACACAAAAGUAAAGCAAACUAAAUAACAGAAAAGUCCUGUUCUUUGUUUUAAAAUGGAACACUUUGAUGCAUCACUUAGUACCUAUUUCCAGGCAUUGCUCGGCCCCCGAGAUCUCAGAGUAAAAGGAUGGUUUCUUCUGGACAAUUAUAUCCCUACUUUGCUCUGCUCCAUCCUAUACUUGCUAAUUGUGUGGCUGGGACCAAAAUACAUGAAGAAUAGGCCGCCGUUUUCUUGUCGGGGGAUUUUAGUGGUGUAUAACCUUGGACUCACGCUGCUGUCUCUCUAUAUGUUCUGUGAGUUAGUGACGGGAGUAUGGGAAGGCCAGUACAACUUCUUCUGUCAGGGCACACGCAGUAGAGGAGAAGCAGACAUGAAGAUCGUCCGUGUGCUCUGGUGGUACUACUUCUCCAAGCUCAUUGAGUUCAUGGACACCUUCUUCUUCAUCCUGCGCAAGAACAACCACCAGGUCACAGUCCUGCACGUGUACCACCACGCCUCCAUGCUCAACAUCUGGUGGUUCGUGAUGAACUGGGUCCCCUGUGGCCACUCUUAUUUUGGUGCCACACUUAACAGCUUCAUCCACGUCCUCAUGUACUCGUACUACGGUCUGUCGUCCGUCCCUUCCAUGAGGCCGUACCUCUGGUGGAAGAAGUACAUCACGCAGGGGCAGCUGCUACAGUUUGUGCUGACCAUCAUCCAGACCAGCUGCGGGGUCAUCUGGCCGUGCGCCUUCCCUCUUGGUUGGUUGUAUUUCCAGAUCGGAUACAUGAUUUCUCUGAUUGCCCUCUUCACAAACUUCUAUAUUCAGACCUACAACAAGAAGGGGGCCUCCCGGAGGAGAGAACACCAGAAGGACCACCAGAACGGCUCCGUGACGGCCGUGAACGGCCACACCAGCAGCUUUUCUUCCCUGGAAAACAAUGUGAAGCCGAGGAAGCAGCGUAAGGACUGAGGCCCGAGGGUUGACAGCCUCUGAGCCACGUCGUCUGAUUGUAAGCACAAAUGGAUUGUGCCCAAUGCUCGUUAACAGCUGCUGUAACUAGUCGGCCUACAAUAGUGUGACUCACGUAGGACCUCUUCCAUCAGUUCCAAACCCCUAGAAAAUGUAGACAGAUUACCCAAGUAGGCAUAAGAUUUUUAACAUUUCUGGGCUCUCACCGACCCCUGCGCUAGACUGUGGAGGGCGUGUUGUUGUAGUACACGACACUGCUGUUGCCUUAUUAGUUAUAACAUGAUAGGUGCUGAAUUGUGAUUCACAAUUUAAUAACACUGUAAUCCACACUUUUUUUUUUUUAACUGUAGAUCAUGCAUGUGAUUGUAAAUUUGUAUAAUGGUGUUACAGUAGAGAAACACACAUGCCUUAAAAGUUAAAAAACAGGGCCCAAAGCGUAUUAGUUUAAAUUAGGGUAUGUUUCAGGUUUUUAUUCAUUUCUAAUAGCUCUGUUCAGAAAAAUCAAAGACCAUGAUUUAUGAAACUAUCGUGUGACACAGUUUCAAGUGACUUGUACAUGUGAAAUCGGCACCUUCAGUUUUGUAAUAUUGGCUUUAAAUCAGGCAGGUUCAAAUCUAGUGGAACAGUCAGUUUAACUUUUUAACAGAUCUUAUUUUUUUAUUUUGAGUGCCACUAUUAAUAAUGUAAAAAGGGAGGGGGGGUUCUAAAGCAGUCUUGAUGAAACUUAAAAUAUAUAUUCUUUGUCUUCAGGAUUUUAGGAAGUGUGUAGGAUGAGUAGGCCGUUUUAAAUUUCAGAAGUGCUAAGUGUUUUUAUACAGGAAACAAAGCCCAUUUUGCUUUCCACCUGUGAGAGAAGAUUUAUACUUUUCAAGAGAGAUGAUUAAAUGUUUACCAUUUGACAGAGUCCCAUAGAUGAGCAGUGGGGAACUGGUUGCCAGGGUCCAAAUUUGGGUUGAUUUCUGUACUAUUUGUUUUGACGUAAACUUCCUUUGAAAAUGUGCCUAGCUUACCAAAAUGAAUUAAAGGUGGGGAAAGGACCUUAGAAAAAUUUAAGGUAAAAUUAAACAGAUAGCUGCAGCAUGAGAGAACUGGGGAAUUGGAUAGAGAUGGUUUGUUUAAUGUAAAUCUAAUAGCACCUGUAAUUUUUUUAUCCUUCAAAUCUAAAGAUUUGUUUAGAAAUACUUGUUUAAAAAUAAGACUGCUUAUCAUAAACUCAUGUCUCAUACCCUAGAGGCAGUGGUCAAACAGAUAAGGACUGUUGUGUGUGUCAUUUUAAAGUGUUGGAAUUUAGCCUCUGAAUACCUUCUCCGUUGGAGGAAAAAAACAUUCACUGAACCACUCAUGACACAUCUGAGAAGGUCAUUGACAAUGUGUGAACGAAUUGUUGGUUUGAUAUUUAUGUAAAUAUCAGUUUAUCAUGCUUUAAUUUUGCACAUUCAUAUUACAGGGAGCCAGUUGGUUCUCUUAAUUAGUCUUGUGGGAUUUCUGUUUGGAAGGAGUCACAGCAUCUGUUUACAUUUACCUUAUCAAAUCUAGAAUGUGUAUAUUUGUAAAUGUAUGUCUUCCUAGGUACUAGUUUGCGAAUGUCUUUACAUAUUUCAAUACAGAAAGUAUAACAUUCAAUAGUGUGCUGUCAAAGUGUGCUUUAGCUCAUCUGGAUAUACCCACAAUGUUAAAUAAUGUCUAAACAUUAAUCAUUAAAAUGUUUUUGAUUACCUGUG